CCUCCCAUCACCCUCUUCUACAGCACGAAGACAGCGGCGGUGUCUGUGCGCCUUUAAGAGCCGCAUAUCCUGCUUCCCCUCCGCGCUCUGAUUCUCCAUCGCCGCUCCGUGAGGCCGACCGGGACAUUAUCAGCAGAAAAGCCACGGAGAUGUCCUCCAGCUCGGCGUUCAACGAAGAGAAGGGAGGCUCCUCCAGCGUCGGGGAGCCUGAAUAUGGCCACGAUCCGGCGAGCGGUGGGAUCUUCUCCUCGGACUACAAGCGGCAUGACGACUUGAAGGAGAUGCUGGACAGCAACAAAGACUCCCUGAAGCUGGAGGCAAUGAAGCGAAUUGUGGCUAUGAUCGCCCGCGGUAAAAAUGCAUCAGACCUCUUCCCAGCUGUGGUGAAAAACGUGGCGUGUAAAAACAUUGAGGUGAAGAAGCUGGUCUAUGUUUACUUGGUGCGUUACGCCGAGGAGCAGCAAGACCUUGCCCUGCUCUCAAUUUCUACCUUCCAGCGCGGCUUAAAGGAUCCCAAUCAGCUCAUCAGAGCCAGUGCCCUGCGAGUCCUGUCCAGCAUACGAGUUACAAUCAUCGUCCCCAUAAUGAUGCUGGCCAUCAAAGAAGCUGCUUCAGACAUGUCUCCAUACGUCAGGAAGACCGCUGCCCACGCCAUCCCCAAACUCUACAGUUUGGAUCCUGAACAAAAGGACCAGCUGAUAGAAGUCAUAGAGAAACUCCUAGCAGACAAAACCACGCUGGUGGCAGGAAGUGUCGUCAUGGCGUUCGAAGAGGUGUGUCCGGAGCGCAUCGACCUGAUCCACAAGAACUAUAGGAAGCUGUGCAACCUGCUUAUCGACGUGGAGGAGUGGGGCCAGGUCGUCAUCAUCAACAUGUUGACCCGCUAUGCUAGGACCCAGUUUCUCAACCCAAACAUCAACGAGUCUCUGCUGGAGGAGGGAGGAGGCGGAGAGAAAACCUUUUACGGCUCGGAUGAAGACGAGGAUGAGGACGAGGAGGAGAAGGAGAAGAAGGCAGAGGCGGCCGCCAUGGCCAAGAGGAAGCCCUACGUGAUGGACCCCGACCACCGGCUGCUGCUGAGGAACACCAAGCCGCUGCUGCAGAGCCGGAACGCAGCCGUGGUGAUGGCUGUGGCCCAGUUGUAUUUCCACCUGGCCCCGAAAGCAGAAGUUGGCGUGAUUGCCAAAGCGUUGGUCCGCCUGCUGAGGAGCCACAGUGAAGUCCAGUACGUGGUUCUUCAGAAUGUGGCCACUAUGACUAUUAAAAGGCGGGGCAUGUUCGAACCAUACCUGAAGAGUUUUUACAUCCGCUCCACGGACCCAACCCAGAUUAAAAUCCUCAAGCUGGAGGUUCUCACCAAUCUGGCCAAUGAGACAAACAUUUCCACUAUUCUCAGGGAGUUUCAGACAUACAUUAAAAGCAUGGAUAAAGAUUUUGUGGCUGCAACAAUUCAGGCAAUCGGCCGCUGCGCUACUAACAUUGGUGAAGUGAGGGACACGUGUUUGAACGGCCUGGUGCAGCUGCUGUCCAACCGAGAUGAGCUGGUGGUGGCGGAGUCGGUGGUCGUCAUCAAGAAGCUGCUCCAGAUGCAGCCAGAGAAGCACAGUGACAUCAUCAAGCACAUGGCGAAACUAACAGACAACAUCCAGGUCCCGAUGGCACGAGCCAGUAUUUUGUGGCUGAUUGGAGAAUACUGCGAGCAUGUGCCAAAGAUUGCUCCGGACGUCUUGAGGAAGAUGGCCAAGUCGUUCACCAAUGAGGAAGACAUCGUCAAGCUACAAAUCCUAAAUCUGGCCGCCAAGCUCUACCUCACCAAUUCCAAACAGACUAAAUUGCUGACGCAGUACGUUCUCAACUUGGCCAAGUACGACCAGAACUACGACAUUCGUGAUCGGGCCCGCUUUAUUCGGCAGCUCAUCGUGCCCACGGAGAAGAGCGGAGCCCUCAGCAAGUACGCCAAGAAGCUCUUCCUGGCUCUGAAACCUGCACCUGUCCUCGAGUCUCCGUUCAAAGAUAGAGACCACUUCCAGCUGGGUUCGCUUUCCCACCUGCUGAAUGCCAAGGCUGGGGGCUACCAGGAGCUGCCCGACUGGCCCGAAAGCGCCCCCGACCCCUCCGUGCGCAACGUGGAGGUGAAGGAGUCUGUGCCUGAAUGGACCAAAUGCAGCAGCCGGGAGAAGAGGAAGGAGAAGAAAGUUGAAAAGCCGUUCUACUCUGACUCCGAGGGCGAGUCCGGUCCGACCGAGUCUGCUGAUAGCGAGUCGGACUCUGCCAGCGGCUCGGAGAGCGGCAGUGGCAGCGAGGGGAGCGGCUCGGCCUCAGAGAGUGAAGAGAGCGGCGAGGUCUCCGUGUCUGAGGAGGAAGAGGGGGAGGAGGAGGAGAAGAAAACAAAGAAAAGAGAAUUAAAGAAGGCGGUGCAAGAAAGCGAAAGUGAGCAGAGCAGCGAAGAGGAAGACAGGAAACACGAGAGGAAGAUGAAACAGCGGAAGAGCGACUCGGAGUCAGAGUCUGACGAGGAAGAGGAGAGCGAGUCUGAGAGCAGCCAGUCAGAGUCUGACGACUCCGAGUCUGAGGCAGAAGUACGAAAGAAAAAGAAGGCAGCUGAAUCUAAACCUCCUUCCAAACCUGUCAAGAAAGAAACCAAGAAAGAGAAGAAGGAAAUGUCUCUUUUGGACCUCGAUGAUUUUGAACCAGCUCCCUCACCUCAAGUCACACCGGUCAACAACUUGCUCUCUAACAGCCUAGUGACCGACCUGGAGGGCCUUUCCCUGUCCGAAGCCGUCCUGUCACCAGCAACCAUCGCCCCCUCCAGCGCGCUGAAGAGCUACGAGCUGCUGCACCGCAUCACGGGUGAGGGUCUGUCGGUGGAGUACUGCUUCAGCCGGCAGCCGUUCAGCCCCGACGCCAACAUGGUGGCUGUGCAGAUGCAGUUCACCAACAGCUCCACGUCCGACACCAAGAACCUGCACAUGGAGGACGUGAAGCUCCAGUCGGGGAUGAGGGUGAAGGAUUUCCCGGAGAUAGAGUCACUGCCAGCCGGCGAGACGGCCACGGCGGUUAUGGGCAUUGAUUUCUGUGACUCGACACAAGCUGCAAACUUCCAGCUGUGCACUCACACCAGGAAAUUCUUCGUGUCCAUCCAGCCGCCCGUCGGAGAGCUGAUGAGGCCGGUCUUCCUUACAGAGAACGAGUUCAAAAAAGAGCAAGGUCAGCUGAUGGGAAUGAAUGAGAUCACAGAGAAGCUAACUCUAGACGCUAAGUGUCGGAACGAGCACACCAUCGUCCAGAGAGUGACCACAGCCGCCAACCUCAGCCGCGUCCCCUGUGGCUCAGACAGAGAGUGCAGUCCUCCUGUUCCUCCUCCUGAACAUCCUGUCCACAGGUUUGCAGGCAGAACGGUGACCAGCGGCAGCUUGGUGCUGGUCACCGUGGCGACCAGAGAAGAGGGCGCCGCCCAGCUGACGAUCAACUGUGAGAAAAUGGUGAUCGGCACCAUGCUGGUUAAGGACAUCCUGCUGGCCCUGACGCAGUGACGACAAGCAGACACCCGGCUCGAUUUGUGCCCCCUCACUCCAGCCACCUCGUGAAUUUUGUUUAGGACUGGUCACCGUUCCAUCUCCUGUGUUCUCCAGCAAGCCACGUUGGAGAGAAAGCUUCCAUCUGAAGAGUGAUAGAGGAGACAUCUAUAGAAAAAUGGAAUCAAAUUGUAGCAUAAUCAUCUUUUAGCUGCUCAAUUACCCUAAAUACAACUUACUGGUCUCCAGGAUAAGUACUGAAGCAAAAUGGACGUUAAUUUCUUUAGGUUCUCUGCUGUGCUUGUACUCAUUGUCCACAUAAAAAAUUUUGUUUCAGGUGAAAUUUUAAAAAAUGCUUCCAAAACCGAAGAUUUUAAACUCUGUUUGUGGUGUAACCAUGUGAACCGGACAUCCAGAGAUAAGUAGAAACGAUGAUUUUAGAGGCCCAGCUCGCAUAGGUCCGGUUCUGAUUUCUGUUCUAAAGACUACAACAGUGAAGAAGUUUUUAUGUCGCUUUUUUCCCCCUCAUUUGUCUUGACUUUGUUUCCGUUAAGCCUCAAUUUUAAUCUGGUGAAGUUGGUGACUGAGAGGAAAAGAUGUUCAAUUUUUAACCUGGGACUGCUUUAGCCGUGCUCGGGAAAUUUAUUUGAAUUUGAAUUUCUUUCAUGUUGACAUUAAUAUCUAUUAUGGCUACGUAGCUGUCACAGUGGUUUGCAUUGGAAUCCAAGUGAUGGUGGAGACAUAAAGGUUUACAAAAACAGAAGAUAAAUAAUCAGCUGCAGUGGUUUAGCUAGGGCAUUGGAGAUCCAAAAAUACACUAGAACUAAAUUACCUUUAUCUGUUUGAAAAAAAGAAAAAGAAAAACAUGUCAUACUAAUAUGAAAUCAGAACACUGUAUUCUUCUAAGACUGUAACUUUUUAUAAAUUCUAACAAUUUCAAUUGGAUUUUUGAAAAGUAAAAAAGAUCAGCUCUAUGAACAUAUUUUAUGAGCAUUGGGGGUGUUUUAUCAGAUCAUCAUACACCGUCAGAAUAGCACACAUGCAGUGAGUCCGACCGUCAGAGGAGCUGUCAGUUCAGCAUACGCGACAAGUUAUGACGAAAAUAAGUCAUUAGAGCUAGUUUUCAAUGAUAACUAGAAAGAUACAUGCAUUGUUGUGGUUUCAAAGUGUAUGUAAAGCAGGGUCUAGCUGCAGUCAACUACAAAACACGCCUGUGUAAAACUCAUUAACCUACUUAACUGCUAAGUCAGGAUGUCAUACAGCUGUUUAUAGCAAAGUGUAUGGUGACCUGCGUCAUGAUUCUGUGUUGCUGAUUAAAUAAAAUCAUAUGGUAAUGACAGUGUAUUCUUGUCUGACAGACAUAGCGUCACUUCGUGCUAAGCGUAUGACGAUCUGACAGAACAGGGACCCAAUUUAAAAAAAUAACAAAUCUGGAUCAUUCUGUUUUGUCUCAAGAAAUAUUAAUCAUUUGCUAUGGGCAGUAAAACAAAGCAUAGGUUUUCUUUUUUCUUUUGUUUUUUCAUCAUUUGGUGUAUGGAUUUAUUUUUGCCCUUGGGAACAAAGUCAGGAGCAGAGGCAAUAUGUUAUGUCAAAUGUAGCCAGUGGUGGAGAGAGUACAUAUUCGCAAACAUUUUGUUUUGGUUGCCAUUAAUCCUAAAACUUUCUGAUAAUAGCAGCACAGUCACAACGAGGAAUGUAGCGAUAAUGAAAUAUUCCUUAUCCCCAAUGAAAAGGAGGCGGUUUUCACAGAAAAUUCACACCUGGUCAUUCCUUUCAUCUCCAAUGGCUUUUACAUAGACGAAGUAUGGUUUAUCAUGCCCUGUGUGUGGUUAUGGUUUAUCAUGCCCUGUGUGUGGUUAUGGUUUAUCAUGCCCUGUGUGUGGUUAUGGUUUAUCAUGCCCUGUGUGUGGUUAUGAAUUGUAAUCUUGAGGUAUUGCAAGUUUAUUUAUUGUACAAAUAAAAGAUUAAAGCUUG